AUGGGCCUCUUCAACGACCCCUCUCAAUUCCCCCUCGCAACGCUCAUCAUCAUUGCUGCGUCGGGCUUAGCAGUCAUGCUCGGCUACGCGCACCAUCGACUCUUCUACGGCAUUGAGGAUACUUCGAUUCCUGGACCUUCUGACGACCAGACGGUGUAUAUGCGGGAACAGACGGCUUAUGAACGACUGGAGUGCAGUGCAGUGUCCGAUGUCAAGACCAUGAAGCCGCAAUGA